AUGGAGACUGCGGCUACAACCAGCGCCACCUACGAGAGUCAGCCGGAGUACGGCACCUUGCUGCUGCUGCUCGUGGUGAUUGUGUCUUCGGUGCUGCGCAUGGUGAAGCGUGUGUUCAACGUGCCAGUGGUGGCCGUCACGGUGCUGUGGGGUUUCCUCGCCGGCUGGCUUGUGAGCCGGUACGGUGACAAGGAGAACUUCCUGCCCGUCACCGAUGCCCACGUGGGUGAGCUGCUGCACCUCUACAUGCCUGUGCUGGUGUUCACGGUGACACUCAACGUGCGGUAUCACAUCUUCUGGCGCUGCUUUUGGCAGUCCGUGCUCCUGGGUGCCGUGGGACUAGUGCUUAGCUGCUGCAUGUUCGUGCUGUACAUGACGUUCAUGGUGCCCUCGAGCAAGGAUAGCCUCGGUGGACGCGACUCCACGGGUGUCGCGCGGGACGGCCUCAGUGACAACUCGGCCACGUCAGCGCUCAUGGGGUUCCUGGUCUGCUGCCCGGAACCGAUGUUCUACACCGAGAUUGCGUUUCUAACCACAGGUAAGCAACAGCCCCCAACAUUUCCUGUGGCAGUGUUGCGCUAA